UGGCCCUACUCCAAGCAUAGCAUUCCUCCACAUAAAUGAUGUAAGUAGGCCAAAGCUCUACAUAAUUUAUUAUAUAUAAUAACCAAGCCAUUGAUUCAUCCAUGCCAAGAUGAUGGAGGGAGCUUCUACUUGUUCCACAACAAGUGCCAGAGAAGAGGGUGUUGAUUUGACCAAAAUCUCUCUCCGACCCAUUAGUCUUGAUGAUCUUGAUGAUCUCAUGUUGUGGACCACUGAUGAAAAGGUGGCCAGGUAUUGCACUUGGGAACCUUACACUAGCAAAGAGGAUGGCAUUAACUUCAUCCAAAAUAUUGCAAGCAAAUCUCUAUGGUUCAGGGCAAUUUGUCUCAAUGAUCGUGCAAUUGGGUGUAUUGAUUUGUGCUUAUGUUCGGGCAAGGGUAGAAAUAGGGGCAAAUCAGCUGAAAUUGGGUACGCUUUAGGGUGGAGAUACUGGGGUAAAGGGAUUGUAACACAUGUAGUGAAACAAGUGGUUAAAGGUGCAUUCAGGGAGUUUCCAGACUUGGAGAGGCUACAAGGUCUAGUUGAUGUGGAAAAUGUGGGUUCUCAGAGGGUGCUGGAGAAGGCUGGUUUUCAAAGGGAGGGAGUUCUCAGGAAGUACGUCAUCAUUAAAGGAAAGAGUAGAGAUAUGGUAAUGUUCAGUGUUCUUUCCAACGAUCCUCUACAACCAUGUCAACUCUAGUGAUGAAUUGCAUAUUUUAAUUUAUGAUACAAGCGUCCGUAGCAUCCAUAACCAACA